AUGGCCUCUUCCAAAUCACAGCAGUUCUUUCACACCUCAGGCGCAACCGACGCAGUCUGGGUACACCAAGAUCCUGUCUCCAACCGACCUUCGUUCACAAAGUUAAACCAGGAUAUCGAGACUGAUAUAUGUGUAAUCGGUGGUGGUAUCGGAGGAAUAUCCACCGCAUAUGAGCUCGUCAGUCGAGGGCGUGAAGUUGUCCUUCUGGAAGCCCGUCAGGUUCUGUCAGGAGAAACUGGCCGCACCAGCGGGCAUUUGACCAACGACUUGGAUGAUGGCUAUACCGAGAUUGCUAAGAAGCACGGCGAUGCAGGUGCCAAGGUUGCUGCAGAGAGCCACGCUUGGGGAAGAGACCGCGUUGGUGAAAUUUCAAAGAUGCUUGGCAUUGAUUGCGAAUAUCGUAAACUACCCGCGUAUGAAGUCUCUCAGUACUCGACUAAAGAGAAGAAAGAUCACGAAGAAGAGAUGCACGAAUUAAGGAAGGAGGAAGCAGCGCAAAGAAAGUUUGGAAUCGAUUCCAGGUUUGAUGAAACACUCACCGUUCGUGGAUGGGAUGGAGCCAUUGACCAGCGAGGAGGACUCAUUGUCAAGGACCAAGCUACUUUUCAUCCAACAAAGUAUCUCAACGGAGUCCUCAAGUGGCUCAAGUCCCAACCCAACUUCCGCUGCUUCGACCAAACCCGAGUCAUGUCAGUCGAAGAGAAGGGUAUUGAGAUCUUGGGAAUCGGUAACAAGUCUGUUGUUGUGCAAACCUCAGAUGGCAAUUCGAUCAAAUGCAACAAUGCUGUCGAAGCUACUUGUGUUCCUCUACAGAAACUGAGUGUCAUCGCACAGAUGGAAUUUAUGCGAACAUACUGUAUUGCCGCCAGAGUACCCAAGGGUUCGAUUGAGGAUUGCCUCCUCUACGACCAGGCUGAGGAGUACAAGUACAUUCGACUGACAGCCUGCGAUGAUGAACAUGAUUACAUCGUCGUUGGAGGCUGUGAUCACAAGGUCGGCCAGGAAGACACCACAACUGAGUUCAAAGAACUGGAGACAUGGACACGCGAGCGCUUCUCGCAGGUUGGUUCGGUCGAUUACCGCUGGAGCGGACAGAUCUUUGAGCCAGUGGACUUUAUGCAGUUUGUUGGUAAGAACCAGGGCAAUGACCACAUCUACAUCAUCACGGGCGAUUCUGGCGAUGGCUUGACGAGUGGAGUGUUGGCUGGCCGACUAAUCGCUGAUGAGAUUGAUGGAGUCAAGAACCCAUGGGCUGAGGUCUACUCCCCUAAGCGUAUUGCUUCCAUGUUGAAGUCACUGCCCAGCAUGAUAUCACAUGACUUGCAGAUCAACGCGCAGUACAAGAGGUUUUUGCAAUCCGACAUUGCCGAUAUUGAAGAUCUUGGUCGGGGCAUGGGCGGUGUUCUGAACAAGGUCGGAUCAAAGCCCAUCGCAGUGUACAAGGAUGAAGAAGGAAACGUCAAGCAGUACAGCGCUUUGUGCCCACAUAUGAAGGGUGUCGUGUGUUGGAACACUACAGAAAAGAGCUUCGAUUGUCCUGUGCAUGGAAGUCGAUUCUCCCGAGAGGGUAUUUGUGUGAUGGGGCCAUCUAAAGGCAAUUUGGAGCCGGUUGAUAAGGCUGGAAAGGCCGAUCAAGAGAAUGUAGCUGGUAGCUAA